UAAGAAACCUUGAGAGAGAGAGAGAGAAUCGUUUCCGCUACUCUCUUCUUCUCCACCAUGGAUUCUUCCUUCCUCCAAAUCGCUGAGGAGGAUGAGCGGCUCCACAACAUCGCACGAGAUCACUUCGCUCAAGGAAACCACACGAAGGCCCUGGAGGUACUCGAAGAUGCGUAUUCAAGGCGCAGGAAAGAUGAAGUUCCAGGAAUGUUUCCUUUCCUUCAAGGUACCAUCUUGUACCAUCUAGCGAGGACAGCAGAGAACAGUGACAUCAAGUUCGCAUUUUUGUUGGGUUGUGUUGAACCUUUUACUCAAGAUUUAGAUAUACACACCUUCGCCGCGGAUUCACUGUUCGAGAUGGCCCAACAGCUUGACUCGGCAUUGUUUUACAAGAAAGCCGCGAAACUCGCGAGAGAGAGUGUAUCUGUUUUGGAAUCUUUUGGUGAAUUGGACUCGGCCUAUCUAGAAACAAAAGAUGCGCUUGAGAAAAUACGCAAGAAGUCAGAGUUAAGGAUCAUCCUUAGUCGUGCUGGAAAAAUCCCCGAGCCACCACUUGAGGAGUCGAAAGAAGCUCGAGACACUACGAUUAGGAGUGUCUCCAACGACGCUGCUGAUAAAAGAUUUAGGUCGCAUUGGGCGAGUAUGAGUGUUGAGGCUAAAAAGAACUUUAUGAAAGUAAGCAUUUCGAAGCUUAGAAGCUACGUUGAGAGGAUUUAUGGCGAAAAGGGGAAAGAAGCUUUGGAGGAAGUUCUGGAUUCUACAAAGACAAACAAGAAAUGGAGAUUCUGGAUGUGUCGAAGUUGCUCACAGAAAUUCUUUUAUGUGAAGAAGUUCAGGAAUCAUCUUGAACAGGAACAUUGUGCAAAAUUUAAACCUUCUAAUGGAAAGCAUAUUCCUCAGAGUUUAAAUGAAGUGUGGGCUGGUAUGAUAUUGGCUGGAGGUUGGGAACCAGUGGAUGCAGUAGCUGCCGCUGAAAUGAUCAAGACUAGGCUCGAGUUUGUGAAGGAGUUUGUAUAUGAGGAAGGAUGGUCUAUGGACUGGCCUUUAGCUGCAGAUGGAAAGCGCAGUAAGUUACUCAAGGAAAUCAAAUUUCGUCUUGUGUCACUUUGGGAGCAUAAGGUUCUUCCUUUUACCACUCUAGAAUGGAUGAUGGAGUUUCCGAUUCUUGCACAGUUUGAAGUUACCGAGUCUCUUGCAAUCGAGUGUGGCCUAGUGGAAACACCUCAGCGUAUCUGCUUUUGGGACUGUCAUGAACUCAAACGAAUUGUAGAUCUUUUCAAACUCAUCAAGUUUAAAAGGGAUGAUGGUACAAAUUUGGUUUGCAGAGCAGUGGAGGGGUUAUGUGGUCGUACGAGAGUUAAAGAAAAGAUCGAGUUUGACGGUCAGUUUUCUUCUAUGCUUCUGGAUAAAAGACUGCUGACAGGCGAGAUUUCUCCAUUCGAUGAUGAAGGGACAAUAGAUGUUUGCAAGCAUGACUACUACGCCAAGACACAUCCUCAGGGUGAUGACAUCAUAACCUGGUUACUUGAUCAUCCUAUGAGAGAUGGGAGCUUUGAAUUUCCCAGGUCUGUCAGGGCACACAAUCUUGAUAUGUGCGUGGCUAUUCUGAGAUCCAUUCACUUCACGUGUAGGGAUUUGGCAACCAAAUAUGUAAAGAAGAUGGAGAGAUUGAAUUACUAUAGAGCUCUUAUUGACGCCAAAAACUUGUGUACGAGCGAAGAUGAAAAGAGAAGGAUUGCUCCGGAAGGUGAAGGGGACGUCGUAUAUGCGUCUCUUCUAGGUGACAUGUGUGAAGAGUCCAACGAAAUACUAUUCGUGUGUGCAGUACGGGAUAUUCUCGAAGAAGCAUCGCAACCCACAUUUGAUUUCGACGAUCUAGAAGCUUGCCUGGAUCUUAUACACGGGCAUCAAGAUCUUAGUGAUGAUCUAGUGUUAAAUUCCAUAGAACGUCUGAAAGUUGUGGUCAGCAACAAGCUUCUACUAGCCGAUUCAAAGAUUUUACUGAUUGAAAAUUCAAGGAUUAGUUUGCUAAACCAGCUCACCAGGCUUUCUGUUUUUGACUACCGGUCUUAUAUCCGUAACCUGCUCAAACGGUUCAUGAGGGAAGAGUUAAAUGAAAUGAUAAAAAUGGACGCCAAAGCCAAGGUAGCUGCAGCAGAAGAAGAUCUUUUGUCCAGGGAAAAACAAGAGAAGCAGAAGAAAUCAGGGUCAAAGAAGAAGAAACGUGGAGUCAUCAAGAAAACUUCAACGAGCACGUCUACUGAUAUCGAGCAGAAUGUCAAACCUGAAUCUUCUCCACCACUAAAACCCGUGGAAGAAGACUGUGUGGAACCAGCAGAUACCCUUUCAGGUGAACUGGAUCGAUUGGAUAUUUCAGCCAACACUGAGAAUCAAGAGGAAGCUGCUAAAGAUAUGCAAAAUAUGCCUGGAGAAGAUUUACUGUCGAAACAUAUGGAGUCAACUCAUGUUGCAGCGGCAACCAGAUGCAAUUUAGCUCUUGACAUGACACUGAAGGCCCUUUGUAAAAUUAAAGUUCUUAAAGAGUAUUUGGUGCGCAAUCGGCUUCAAUUUGCUGAAAACCAGGAAGGACAAGUUCCUUAUGCAUUACGAGAAUUCUUUACCGCUUUUGCCUCGAAGGUGAUAAAAGAAGGAAUGUACAGUUACCUCCUGGGAAACUUACGUGCUUCCCUAGGAGUUCAUUCAAUGUCAAGGGAUGCUGCUGAGCUACUCGUAUCCAUCCUUGAGUUUUGGCCUUGCUGGAAAACUCCAGAUAUAGAAAGCUGCGUAACUCAUAUUUUUACACUGGAAGAAUAUGAAAGAAUGAGUUGUAGCAAAUGCAGAAAGAAUCCAAAUUAUCCAGAGCAGAGUUCUUAUGGCGUUGUUGUGGCUGCAGAUUCAAUCAGAGACCUGAAGUGUGUUUUUGGGAAGAUGAAGCUUGAGGACAUUCUUAAGUUGAUCCGCAUGGAAGAUAAAAUGCUAUGCGACGCUAAAACAGAAGGCUGUGGAGAGGCAAACUUUGUUCAUCACGUUAUAAGUAGAUGUCCGCCUAUCUUCACAAUCGUGUUGAUAUGGGAGAAGAACGAAACUGCAAAUGAAAUUCACGAGACAACAAAGGCUUUGGACUGGGAGAUAGAUAUCAGUAAGCUAUACGAAGGCUUGGAACCAAACACAAAGUACCGGCUUGUGUCAAUGGUUGGUUGUGGUGAAGAAGAAGAAUACCUCUGCCUAGCUUUUAAAAAGAACCGGUGGGUCAGUUACAGACAUGAAGCUUUAGCCAAAAAGGUUGUUGGUGGCUGGAAGAAUAUGGUCAGAUUCUGUGAAGAAAGGAAGGUUCGGCCAGAGAUUUUAUUCUAUGAAGCUGUUGAAUCACCUAACAAGUGACGAAAGUUGAAUCAAAUAGGAAUGUGAAGGAAGUUUUAUUCAUACGUUUAUCAACUCAUUUACUUUUUCAAACUUUUCAAACCAAACGUUUACACACACCAAAAGGGAAAAGAAAAUUAUACACAACUCU